AUGUCCCCACGCUCCAAGUCGAUUUGGCUGGCGUUGUUGGCUGCGAAUAGUUUCGCAUAUGCUAGCGAGGAACCGCCUGCUGUAACGACAGCGCCUAUUUAUCUGCCCUCCUACGACGAAGACUCGUGGGCUGUUGUGCGCGGUAGCAUCAUCUCAAGCGAUGUGGAAGCUAAGGAAACAACGUACACAAUAUUCUGCCCAGAUACAGACGACUCAGAUCCUCCAGAGUGUGAUUUAUCCCUUGAGUUUCCUUUCGUUUUAGUCGAGGGACCUGAUACUCACCGCUAA